GGAAGAUGGAAACUAGGGGUUGGAAGACAGGACUAUUCAUUGCAUUUGUUACUUUAUUGUUGAUUUGUCCUAUGUUUGGUUCAAUGCCCAUCCAUAAGGAAGGUUAUCAGAGAUCCCCAUUUCUUAGACGUUUUUCACGGAACACUCCUUUCUGGAGGAUUGUCAGUAGCAGUAAACCCAUUCAAGCCCUCUGUCAGAGUGACUAUGAGUGCAGCACAAAAACUUGCAGGGACAGGCGCUGUACACAUUCUAAAUUUGUGUCCUGAGGAAACGUGCCCCUGGGAUAUAUUCAGAAAACUGUAUCUCGUGCUGGUCAAGAAUGAAGCCUAUCACUACAAGUCUUAUUUACAGUACUGUUCUUUCUUCCCUCACGUUUAUAUUCUGAAAAUAUAAACUUUGAGCCAGAUCAAACUUGCCAAGACUAACUGCCUACAACCCUCACUGCAGUUUAUCCAUGCCUGAACUUAUAAAGAUAUAGAAGAUCAACUUCGCCCAUUUGAGACAUUUUAGUCUCGCAAUGCUUUCAGCAAUAUGAGGCUCGCUAAUGAAAAAGAGUCAUUUAAUUUGGAUGUCCUGGACCACAUCCAGCCCCAUAAAUGACUAAAGGCUUGGACAUCAUCUCCAAACCUAGCCUGAAAAGCUGAGAGUUCUGGAAGGAGAUAAAGGAAGUUUUUAAGCGUUCUGAGAAAUUUGGGAGUUUCUGCAUGAGUAAAGUUUAAGUCAAUAACAUUAAGUUAUUUUUUUUUAAUUUAGUGUAUUGUUAUAAAGUUUUUAAACAACUAAGUCAAAGACAUUUAUUAUUUUGGGUUUUGAUCAUAAUAUUUGUAUGAUACUGUUUUAACAAAAGUGCUUAUUUCAA